GCCACCUUGAGCUACCCCUGUCGCAUACGUCAUACCUUGCACUAGCAUCCACAAGUGGACCAAGCAGGGAUAUGCUUCCAUGCAAGAGCGGGAGAUAAGCUUUGGGUGUGCUGUCGGCCUUUUCCGGUUACAUCAUAGUCAUGACCUGAACGCGCGUUGUUGCAGGAUCCGACAGGAUCCGGAAUCUAUCUACUUGACUGUUCUUUACAUAAGAGCCAUUUUACUAAUUCUUCAAAUUUAUAUCAGCCUAGUUACGAGGUUUUUGGUUUGCAAUUUGAACGUGAACCCUAUCAGCAAUUUGCUGCAGCAGCAAGAGUCGCACCCAAACAAUCUACCCAGCCUUCUAUUACAAAAGCUGCUUCAAAGAAGGAGUCUUCAAAGAAGACUCAAGUUUCACGAAAGAAUACUGUUAAAUCUACUACUAAGAAAGACAGCACCUCCACAGACCCCAAGUCAGAGACAGAGACCCCAAGUCCAAAGCUUAAACCUAAGCUUCUUGCACAUUUCACUAUCAAAAAGUUCAAGCUUCGUGUCCGAACUGCCUUCUCCCGCACUCGUGCCUAUCUGAAGAAGAUGUCUGAACGACCUCUCGAAGCAAUCAAGCGAGCCACAAGGGCCGCCGACCGUGCCCCUCAUCUUCGCAAGAAGAACCGCACCGGUGCAGACCUCGUCGAUUCUCUUGACACUACCGGAUUCGGCGGAAUCUACCACCACGAUGGCCCUUAUGACGCCACGCUUGCCUCCCGAAACCGUGAUAAGCGAUACGCUCCCGUCGAAGCUGUCAAGUACGGAAACAUGCAAGCUCUCAAAGCCACGCCCCGUGAGAAUCUCGUCGACUCCCUAGAGCGCCAUGUCCCCCUACAGGGCACAGCCACAAUUCCACCCGGUGAACCCGACUACAGCGGUCGCAUCAUGCACUACGAAGAGGGUGCCGAUCUCAUGCGUGAGGAAGACGCUCCGGGUGGCCCAUACAAGCGAUGGGAUCACAUCAAGUACCACCCCGACGAUCUCAAGGGCAAGGGCGAGCCCGCAUACACCAUGGAGGAAAACCUCAAGCGCAAGAAGCAUCUACAACGUAAAUCGCUCGGUCAACCCGGCAGCGCCUUCGAGAUGCAGCCCACAGGCCGCAGCACUGCGAUGGCCGGCAAGGGCGGUGAUGCCACUGCUGUUGUCCGACCUCGAAGCGCAAGCGCUAGUUUCGAAUCAGCAGCAGGACCCUCCUCUAGUAGCCCCAGAGGGAAGCGACUUAGCGACGGCAUUAAACGCCGCAUUGGCAGCAUUCGACGCAAGCACGACGACAUCUAGUUGCCCUAUCCUUAUCCUAGUUUGAUCAUUAUUUGGUCUAGGGCUGUCGCCGAGACGAGCCACACCCAUAGGUACCUAUUCACAGGCUGAACCUGCGAUCGGAAGGAUUUCUUAUGCCAUUGAUUGAUUUGGUUUCUUGCGGCAUUACUAUAGGGUCCCUACACGACUCGAAGGACCAACUAGCAACAGUGAUUAGUUGUCCACUGCGGCAUUUCAGGGGUUGUUUUAAGGGGAAACUACGGAAAGGUUACCUACGUCUGGAUUUCACUGGUACUGGCAUCUGGGCCUCAGGGGAAUAUGAACGGCGGACUAUAAAGUUGGCUUGGCUUGUUUGGUUUGUUUUGUUUUUUCUUUUCUUUAAGCAUAGCAAGGCAGAAGAAAUGCGGAAUGAUUACGAUUUGGCAGAUACGCAUGCGGGUUAGGACGAGGACCGACUAGGUUAGCAGAAUGAAUGAUUUCAACGGAGAAGGACGUUUGAAUUAGUUAUACGAACCCUUCAAGGGCAACCAAUUCAAAAGCUACCUAUUUCUGAUGCAAA